CCCGGCCGCCCCUAACGCCGGGUCCCUUCACACCGCCGUCCCGCCCCGCCACCGCCUCCCGGCCGCGGCGGCUGCGCCGUGAGGGGGCGGCCCCGGGCGGCCCGUCCCCGCUCCGCCAUGCUGCCCAACACAGGGAAACUAGCAGGAUGCACUCUCUUCAUCACGGGCGCAAGCCGAGGCAUUGGCAAAGCCAUUGCCUUGAAAGCUGCCAGGGAUGGUGCAAACAUUGUGGUGGCUGCCAAGACAGCAGAGCCCCAUCCUAAACUUCCAGGGACUAUCUACACUGCUGCAGCAGAGAUUGAAGCGGCUGGAGGAAAGGCUUUGCCAUGCAUCGUUAACGUGAGGGAAGAACAGCAAAUUAUUAAUGCUGUGGAGAAAGCUGUGAAGACUUUUGGAGGUAUGUUGAGAUGUGUGGGAAAGGUUAACAGGCAGAUUGUUCAAACAACAACAGAAAAGAACAGCCUGCCUUACUCCUGCUUUUUGUCCCUAACUGCUAACAUGAAAUGGCUUAUUUUAAAACCAGGGAUUGAUAUUUUGGUGAACAAUGCAAGCGCCAUCUCUUUGACUGGCACUUUGGAAACAGAGACAAAGAAGGUCAAUCUCAUGAUGGAUGUCAACGUACGAGGAACCUACCUCACGUCCAAAACAUGCCUUCCAUACUUGCGGAAGAGUAAGAACCCCCAUAUCCUGAACCUCAGCCCACCUAUGAAUAUGAAUCCCAUGUGGUUCAAAAAUCAUUGUGCUUAUACCAUUUCUAAAUACGGAAUGUCCAUGUGCGUCUUGGGAAUGGCAGAAGAAUUUAGAGGAGAAGUUGCUGUCAAUGCUUUAUGGCCUAAAACAGCUAUACACACAGCUGCUAUGGAUAUGUUGGGAGGAUCUGGAAUAGAGAAACAGUGCAGAAAAACGGACAUCCUUGCAGAUGCUGCAUAUUGCAUUUUAACAAAACCGAAAAGUUUCACCGGAAACUUCAUUAUUGAUGAAGUUCUGCUGAGAGAAGAAGGAGUUAAGGAUUUUGAUGUCUAUGCAAUUGCACCAGGUCACCCCCUGAUGCCUGACUUCUUCUUGGAUGCUGAAAUUGACGUGACAGCCAUGAAACCAGAAAGCCAUGGUGCUUCCCAGGCAUUCACGGAGGAAAAGAAAUCAAGUGGAUCCAAGCAUGAAGGCCCAGAUGGAGCUAAGGGUCAUACAGAAUCUGCUUCGAGUCCUGUUGCAGAAACAUUCAGAGUUAUUCAGGGAGCCAUCAGUAAAGAAUUUGUGAGAUCUACGCAGGGUGUCUUCCAGUUUGAAUUAUCUGGUGAUGACGGAGGCACUUGGUACAUCGACCUGAAAACCAAUGACGGGAGCGCUGGCUUUGGAAAGCCUCCUGUGACGGCCGACGUAGUUAUGAGCAUGUCGAGUGGCGACUUUGUGAAAAUGUUCACAGGUAAACUAAAGCCAACCAUGGCCUUCAUGUCAGGAAAGUUAAAGAUCAAAGGUAACAUGGCACUAGCGAUAAAGCUGGAGAAGAUGCUGACACAGUUUAACUCUAAACUUUGAGGGGAAAGCCUUCCUAACAGAACAUUGGCCUUCUGUGUAUAAUGAUAAUGCUGUUUUUAAAUGCUAGUCCUUUCUGAUGAAAUAUAAUACGUAAGAAUAAAAUGUGAGACUGUUAGAGGAGAAAUAACUGAGUCUGAUUAAGACUAGAAGGUGUUUGCCUUGAUUAAACGAAUUCCUUCUUGAGAACACA